AUGGAGAGAGAAAAUGAUGAAAAAGCAAUCGAAAGAGGAGAAUCUGCAAUAGCAUUGUCAGCCAAUUUCAAGCCGAAAAGUGGAAUCACCGAGUCCCAGCUUGCCAAGUUUCAGAGGCGUUUGAAAAUCAAAGCCAAGUCGAAAACAAAUGAAAAGGACAAAGGUGAGAUGGAAAAAGCAAACCCCAUAAGAAAGUAUUUGAAUCUCGUGAGUGCAAGGAACCCUGCAAACCAGCUUGGAAUUAUGCAAAACAGUGGAUGUUUCUCCCGAGGAAGGGAGCAAGUCAGCCAAGAACUCAACAAUGAAAAAACGGCAAAAGCUGUAUUGGGGGUAUUCUCGAAUUUUAGUUCACAUUUAUGUAUACUACAUCUUUUUCAUAGUACACAAUCAAAUAACGAUAGGGAAAAAUGA